CGCAGAGCCGCGGAACCGGCGAGCGAGCGAGCGAGCGGGAGCUGGAACCCCGCGGCCCCGGCUCCUUUCCGUUUCUCUCGGCGCCAGAGCUGGGUGCGCCAGGAGCUGGGCCACUUCUGAUCUCUCUUCCUGUCUGUCCUUUCCUGCUCCCUGUUAUCUCCUCUCUUUGCCUUUGCUGCUUCUACCCUCAACCCCUGGAGUCUCAGAUCUGCUGGACCCAUCCAUCCCCUUUGGGGCCAUGGGAUCACUGCUUGGGCUCCUGGCACUGCUGCUGCUGUGGGGCGCCGGUGCUGAGGGCCCGGCCAAGAAGGUGCUGACCCUGGAGGGGGACCUUGUGCUGGGUGGGCUGUUCCCAGUACACCAGAAAGGCAGCCUGGCAGAGGAGUGCGGUCCCAUCAAUGAACAUCGCGGCAUCCAGCGCCUGGAGGCCAUGCUUUUUGCGCUGGACCGCAUCAACCGCGACCCACACUUGCUGCCGGGUGUGCGCCUGGGUGCACACAUACUGGACAGCUGCUCCAAGGACACACAUGCCCUGGAGCAGGCACUUGACUUCGUGCGUGCCUCACUCAGCCGAGGUGCCGACGGCUCGCGCCACAUCUGCCCCGACGGCUCUUAUGCCACCCACAGUGAUGCUCCCACUGCCAUCACCGGUGUCAUUGGCGGCUCCUACAGCGACGUCUCCAUCCAAGUGGCCAACCUCCUGCGGCUAUUUCAGAUCCCGCAGAUAAGCUAUGCGUCCACCAGUGCCAAGCUGAGUGACAAGUCCCGCUAUGACUAUUUUGCUCGCACAGUGCCCCCCGACUUCUUCCAAGCCAAGGCCAUGGCCGAGAUUCUCCGCUUCUUCAACUGGACCUAUGUGUCCACUGUGGCGUCUGAGGGUGACUACGGCGAGACAGGCAUCGAAGCCUUUGAGCUGGAGGCCCGCGCCCGCAACAUCUGCGUGGCCACCUCAGAAAAGGUGGGCCGCGCCAUGAACCGAGCCGCUUUCGAGGGCGUGGUGCGUGCCCUGCUGCAGAAGCCCAGUGCCCGCGUGGCCGUCCUCUUCACCCGGUCCGAGGACGCCCGCGAGCUCCUGGCUGCCACCCAGCGCCUCAACGCCAGCUUCACCUGGGUGGCCAGCGAUGGCUGGGGGGCCCUGGAGAGCGUGGUGGCAGGAAGCGAGGGGGCCGCUGAGGGCGCCAUCACCAUCGAGCUGGCCUCCUACCCCAUCAGCGACUUUGCCUCCUACUUCCGGAGCCUGGACCCCUGGAACAACAGCCGGAACCCCUGGUUCCGUGAGUUCUGGGAGCAGAGGUUCCGCUGCAGCUUCCGGCAGCGAGACUGCGCUGCCCACUCACUGCGGGCGGUGCCCUUCGAGCAGGAGUCCAAGAUCAUGUUCGUGGUCAACGCAGUGUACGCCAUGGCCCAUGCCCUGCACAACAUGCAGCGCGCCCUCUGCCCCAACACCACCCGCCUCUGUGACGCCAUGCGGCCUGUCAACGGGCGCCGCCUCUACAAGGACUUUGUGCUCAACGUCAAGUUCGAUGCGCCCUUCCGCCCGGCUGACACGCACAGUGAGGUCCGCUUCGAUCGCUUUGGUGAUGGCAUUGGUCGCUACAACAUCUUCACCUACCUACGGGCAGGCAGUGGGCGCUACCGUUACCAGAAGGUGGGCUACUGGGCAGAAGGCCUGCGCCUGGACACCAGCCUCAUCCCGUGGGCCUCACCCUCAGCCGGGCCCCUGCCCGCCUCUCGCUGCAGUGAGCCCUGCCUCCAGAAUGAGGUGAAGAGUGUGCAGCCGGGCGAGGUCUGCUGCUGGCUCUGCAUCCCCUGCCAGCCCUAUGAGUACCGGCUGGACGAAUUCACCUGCGCCGACUGCGGCCUGGGCUACUGGCCCAACGCCAGCCUGACGGGCUGCUUCGAGCUGCCCCAGGAGUACAUCCGCUGGGGCGACGCCUGGGCCGUGGGCCCCGUCACCAUCGCGUGCCUGGGCGCCCUGGCCACCCUCUUCGUGCUGGGCGUCUUCGUGCAGCACAACGCCACGCCAGUGGUCAAGGCCUCGGGCCGGGAGCUCUGCUACAUCCUGCUGGGAGGCGUCUUCCUCUGCUACUGCAUGACCUUCGUUUUCAUCGCCAAGCCAUCCACGGUGGUGUGCACCUUACGGCGCCUCGGUCUGGGUACCGCCUUCUCCGUCUGCUACUCGGCUCUGCUCACCAAGACCAACCGCAUUGCACGCAUCUUCGGGGGGGCCCGGGAGGGAGCCCAGCGGCCGCGCUUCAUCAGUCCCGCCUCGCAGGUGGCCAUCUGCCUGGCGCUGAUCUCCGGCCAGCUCCUCAUCGUUGUAACCUGGCUGGUGGUGGAGGCGCCGGGCACAGGCAAGGAGACCGCCCCUGAGCGGCGGGAGGUGGUGACAUUGCGCUGCAACCACGGUGAUGCAAGCAUGCUGGGCUCGCUGGCCUACAACGUGCUUCUCAUCGCGCUCUGCACGCUCUACGCCUUCAAGACCCGCAAGUGCCCCGAAAACUUCAACGAGGCCAAGUUCAUUGGCUUCACCAUGUACACCACCUGCAUCAUCUGGCUGGCCUUCCUGCCCAUCUUCUAUGUCACCUCCAGCGACUACCGGGUGCAGACCACCACCAUGUGUGUGUCCGUCAGCCUCAGCGGCUCGGUGGUGCUCGGCUGUCUCUUCGCGCCCAAGCUGCACAUCAUCCUCUUCCAGCCACAGAAGAACGUGGUGAGCCACCGUGCACCCACCAGCCGCUUCAGUAGCGCCACCACCAGGGCCAGCUCCAGCCUCGGCCAAGGGUCUGGCUCCCAGUUUGUCCCCACUGUUUGCAAUGGCCGCGAGGUGGUGGACUCAACAACAUCAUCACUUUGAGGACCCCAGACCCCUGCCUCAGUACAGCUGCUGCCCGGAACCCCGUGCAGACACAUGUCCAGAGCCAGGAGGAAGCUGGCUGGAGCACUGCAAUAACGCCAACCCCACACCCGCCCCCAAAACCACUUACCCACCUACUUACUCCCACCUUUCAGAGUCAGAAGGCAGGGUCCUUGGCCAGGGAGCCUCUGCAACGGCCACCAACUGCCCUUACAGUGUGUCCCCUCCUUGCCAGGCCCCGGACUCAGAAGGGAAUGAGCCAAAGUCCACCUGGGCUCGGCACAGGGUGGCCAAGGACUGCAGACCCCGAACCCCAGUCAACAAAGGUGCUUCCAGCCCCGUCCCUCCCCCCUCCUUGGGCCUUUCAAAUUUUUUAUGUAAGUUAUUCUGGGAUGGGGAGGGGGUCGUUAUGGGGGCUGUCCCUCCCCCUGCACAGUAGUUUGUCCUGUGGUUUAUUUUGUAUUAUCUGUAAAUAAAGUGUCUUUAUUUUAAAAAAUCACUCCUGGCCCGUGACGCAGGGAGGUCCGUCACGGCAGCCACAGCCUCGUAACCUCCAUGCUGCCAUUUUGUUGUCUCUGCUCUGUGCCUGAUGUUAGGACCUGGUGGCCACCAGCUCCAGACCCAGCCCUGCCUGGUGGGGACACAGAAAUGAAUGAGCCAUCUUCUUUUAAAGGAGCCACUUCAGACUAGCCAGGGGGCGAAGGCAGGAGGCUUAUGUGCACGCAGGCUCAUCUGGCAUCCAGUGGAGGAGCUGGGUGGUGUGGGCAAUGGGGCAGGUGGGGCAGCUGACUGUGCCCCGGGAACUGUGGGCUUUGCCUCGGCGGGCCUGUCUGGCACUUGGAGGAGCCAUUUGUCAGCGUGGAGUCAGGCUGAGCAUUUGGUGUGAGGGAACCCAGAAGAGACAUGGGGAGGACCAGGUGGUGUGUACGAAGCCAGAAAGAGCUUGUGAGAAGGAGGAGAUGAGCAGGGAGGGCAGAGACUGGGCAGGGGAGAGGCGAUCGGUCCAGGAGAGAUGGGAGAGGGCGCCUUGCUCCAGUCCCUGGA